CUGUGUCUCAGCAGCAAAAGAUUUUAGUAAAACAAUUGAAGGGAAAAAUCCUCACUUGUGUCUAUUUAUUGUCAGAUUAUUUCAGUAUCACUUGUGGGGGGGGAAGUAUCCCAGUUUCUGGCUCCUCUUGCAUCUCCUUUUAUCAUUCUAUUAUUUGGGGACCUUUCAUAUCUAUUUAAAAUGUGUAAUGGAUCAAACAUCAGGUUGCAUAUUUCCAUUCUGAGUUCCUAAACCACUUCCUUGUUUUUUCCAAUUACUCAUGGGACUGCUUUCUGGGUCAUGGCUUAGUGGGUAUAGCCUUCUUCAUAGGAGAAAGAGCAAUUCUGAAUGUUUUGGAGCCAAAAAUCAUAGUGUGAUGCAGUUGCUGUGCUCUGGCAAGCCAUUAAAUGCUGCACUGGAGCUCCGCUGUGGUUAGAGUUAAUUUGUGGGCUCUUUUCGUCCUCCCUCCUGCAGCAGCCUGGGCAGCUUAUAAAUAAUUGAUGAAAAACUGGAACCAAGAGAUUUUAUAUAAUUUUCUCCUGAGGAAGCAGGAUUCCCCGAAAACAUUUUCUGCAUCAAACUCCCGCAUCAGCUUGCUGAGCUCAUUUGGAUCCAAAACAUAAUUUGCCAGUUUUCUCCCAUCUUUCUUAGGCUGAUAUCUCAGUUUGGCACCCUUGGUGGGACUUUCAGUUCUUUCUAAUUUGGUCAGGUUUUGAUUUGCACUGGGCAGUCUCAGAGGAAAUUGUGUCAAUUGUUCUGGGACUCUAGUUCUUCCAUACUCUGCACUUGUAGCUUGUCAAUGUGAAGUUUUUGGCAAGGAAACACAGAUGGGAAAAAUAUCCGGGAAUAUAUGGGACUUUCCAGCAACAGCACCAUCUCUGCUAAUCUCUUGCCCCUGCCAGAUCAGCUGAUUCUUCAUAAAACUCAAACCACAACUACUCCCCCCACAGCUUGCAUUGGAGAAGCAGGGUCGAUGAGACCAUUUGACGCGCACCAGUGCAAAGGGAGGGGAAGGGGCGUCCUUGCAGACAAAGCUGCCGACCCAGAUCCUUGCCUGUCAUGUCAGACGAUGUUGAGAAGAACGAGGCUCCUCCAGAGCCAGAGGCAAAGCAGGAUGAAGGAGAGAAGCAACAGCAAGAGCUGGAGCCAAAAGCUGAGCCAGAGCCAAAGCAGGAACAGCAACCACAGCUGGAAUCCCCAUCUCGUAGCCCCCCAGCACCAGAGGCCCCUCCGUCAUCCAUGCUGGUGACCGUCACCAUUGAAGAGGAGACUGUGGGGGGACCACAACUGAAUGGGGAUCCUUUGGGGAUGAGGGCCGGCUCAGCUGAGGAAUUAGGAACCACCCCAGGCCCUCCUGGCAGCCCCCCGGCACGGUCCAAGUCGGCAUCGCUGAAUGACCUGAAGCCCCAGAACAGCGUCAAUGGAGGCCCGCGGGCAGUUGUGAGGGGAAGUUUGUCCGGCUCUCAGGUGCAUCUUGCGGGCACAGCAGCAUCUCCGCGGGCCAGUCUGAGUCGGCAGGCCUCAGCAACCGGAUCGGCAGCUGGGGAGGCUGGGGCGAAACCCAGAGACUACAUAUUCAUUGCUGCUCUGUCCUGUUUUUGCCCCAUCUGGCCGAUCAACAUUGUGGCCUUCGUGUACUCUGUCAUGUCCCGUAACAGCUUCCAGCAGGGAGACAUCGAUGGGGCUCGGCGCUUGGGGCGGGUAGCAAAGCUGCUGAGUGUCGUAGCCCUGGUCGGGGGCUUGCUCAUCAUUGUGGCCUCUUGUGCCAUCAAUUUUGGAGUGUUUCAGUGAAGGUAGCUUUUGGCUGCCACUGCACCCCUAGCCCCAAAAUUUCCAUCUUUGGAGCAGGGGACCAGUAUGACUACAGUGCACCUAUCCUUUUUCAUCUCAUCUGCCCCCCUGCAUCCCAGAACCAUACAAAGAAAGAGCACAAGGAUGGAAACGAUAGAAAGAAAGAGAGAGAGGGAGGGAGGAAGAGAAGACAAAGGAAUACAAAUGAAAGAAAACCGAAGAAACAGCUUGCGUUGUGGUUAAACAUUUCCACUCUCACUGUAGGGAGUUCAGUUCCCCCAAAGAAACUGGAACCAACCGCCCCUUUCCAUCCGAUGGAGAAAGAAGGAAAAAGGAGGAGCAGGAUUCCCAUAUUCUCUCCCACAGUCUCCCUCUUUCUCUCUCAUUUUCUUUUCAUCCAUCCAGCCAUCUCUUCGACCGGUGACCUGUCUGCCCAUCUUCCAUCUACUGCCAAAUUUCAACAGCAAAUAAAACUCUUUCAAUCUUCCAUGUUUACAAUGUUCUCUACUGGAGAAAAGCUCUUCCCCUCCCCCCCCCCACAACCCUAUGAAGACAGUGGGGGAGCAUGUUUACACAUUUUUGCUGGGAACAAAGGAAAAGAACCAGCCUAGGAAAAGAGGAAAAUGUGAUCUCUCCCCUGUGGUGUUUACAAAAGACAAUGGACAGGGCUGAGAAGAAGUGGACUGAGAGCCAUGAAUUGGUUUAGAAACUGGCAAUGAUGGAAUGACUUAGAGCAACUUACCAUGACUCCAAAGGUGUGGUAUCUAGGUGGAGUAUAACUCAAAUAGGUGUGGUUACACACCAAUAAGACAUCCAGAAAGGCUUGUAUAACCAAACAUACCACCCCGCCAAUCAACUGGAAAAGAAAUGACAAUGGAGUGGGUGAAAUUAGCUGAAGGAAUGAAUUAAAUUCAACAGCUUGAAUCACAAGAAGGUAAGAAAUGUAUGGUUGGAAACGGUUGUGAAGAUGAAAAAAAAAAAAGGGAGGGGGAACCCUACAGAGGCUACAUGCAAAAGAAGGAGGUGAUUGGAGAAUGAGCUCUACGGAGGAAAAUGUUACAGAUCCAACAAACCAGAAUGAAAUGACAGGAAAAGAAGUUGGAAGAAAGGCAACAGAGCUACUAGGAGGACAUGAAAUACCUGUUUUCGGAAUCCUAAAGAAGAAAGUGAGAUUGCAAUGCUUAAAAUGAGAAUGUUGGAAUGAAUGAAAGAAAGGUUGUAAUAGAAAUAAGGAAAGGGGUGUAUGUGUUAGCCAACAUCCCAUUCUAAAGUUGAAAGCAUGAAACAAAGACCAACAUAUUUUCCCUUUUUAAAGAACCAUCAGCAGGCAGAAAAACAGGAUUGCAAAGCAUGAAUGUGUGCAGCAUCUUUUGAUUGGUGGAUCGACGUAUUUGACUCAGUGACAGGCUGUGGGAACUGAUGAAUUUUGGCGAAACACUAUUUAGAAAAACCCAAAGUAUUUAGCAAACAUGAGAGACAGCUGGGGCAUGAACGUGGCAGGAAUUCAGGGUGGCCGUAGGAUGAGUUGGGGAACAUGCCAAGAAAUUGUGGGGAAAGACAAUUCCAAGAUAUUAUGCUACCUGAAACAAAUGAUAAAAUAUAUCUUUAUGUGCAAAGACAGAUUUAAGUAUCCCCUUGUACUUGAGGAAGGAAGAGUAACUUAAAGAGGACAGGAUAAGCUGCACAGCAUUCAUGGUUUGGUUUCCAGCAUAGUUUACAGUGCACAGUGACUGUUAACCUUUUAAACUCUUGUGAAGCAUUUGCCAUCAAAAGGCAAUUGUAUUAUAAAUGUUAAGUCUUCACUGUGAGGGUUGCUAACAGGAUACCUUUCAUAUAUCUAAGUCCAGACUUACCACAAUUCCCACCCAGAGGCCAUCUCCACACUGUUUGGGCAUUAUGGGAGUUGUGGUCAAAAAUAUCUGGAGGAGUCCCAUUAAGGAAACUGAAGUUCAACAUGUCUUCCUGUUCAAUCUUCUCCUUUGGAUCAGAAAAGAGAUUGUGAAUUUCUUUGCUCAGGUGCUUCCAAAGGCAGAAAAGGCAGAGAGAGUAUGCACACACUCUCCCUCACACACAACAGAGGAGUAACUGUGCCAUAUCUCUCCACCCUAACUACAGAGAAUGAAAACCCUCAGUGUUGUGAGGAUCAGAACUGAAGCAGGAAGGUGUGUGAGAACCAUGCAGUGAAGCAUGAGUGUGAAUAGGUAUCUGCAGGAAUAACAAUGUAAUAGAGAGGAAUAUAUGCUUCCACCCUGUAUAUAUUACAUUAUUAGUUCUUUGUUGGACAAAGGAAGCUUCUAAUUCUAAUCUGCAGUCAGAACUGUGCUAUUAAAAACAAAACAGAGCACCCCUGUUAUUGGGAGUGUAUAGAUCCUAGUCAACAUUAUCCACAGUGUAAGAGUCAAAUCAAGAAGAAAUGGGGUAAUACCAUCUAGUUACUAACAAAGAAACAAGACAUUCUCUAAGGAGGAGGGAGAAGGAAAAAACCCAGGACAGAUGAAAACUUGCAUGAGAUUCAAUUCAAAAACCAGGACAGGGGAACACCUCUAUCCCCGGAUUAGGAAAGGACGCUGGGAUGAUACAGACCCCUCUUUGGAUAGUGAAAAGAUCACACCAAGUCAGAGAGGGAGGCACAUCUGCCCAGUGUACUCACCAGAUAUGACGCAGCUGCACAGGGAGAGAAGGGUUGAAUGAAGAUGCUUCGCUGAGAAAUGUAUUCUUGAGCGGCCAUAUGCUCCAUGCAAGCCAGAAAGAAAGACAUCUUGAAAAGGCUUAGAUAGACAACCAAGUAUGUGGUUGAUCAGAACCUGCUUGGGGGCGGGAUGGGGAUGUCAGGGGGGAGAACAGGGAGAGGCAAGGACACCAGCAAAGAAGUUGUGUGUAGCAGACACUAAAUUUACACCCAGCACAAUGUGACUUUUAUUUCUUUACUUCUUUUUCUUUUUUGGCUUUGGUUUUCCUGCAGACUGUUACACAAAGGGGAUGGGUUGGGUUGGGUGGGGAUACCGGCAGCCUCAUGGCAGCCUCCUUUACAAUUUAUACUUGGGAGAGAGCAUGGGGCAUUAUUUAAGGGGUAGGAGGUUCUGAAACUCCUUCCACUAUUAAUCCCACCUGCACGAUGUAUGAGCCUCUGGCCCUGUGCCAACCAUCCUGCCCAAUUAAAACAAGUAAAACCAAAAUGGCCCAUUUCUCGAUGGAUGCAUGAUGCAGCUGGAAGGUCAGUUUUGGUAGAAGGAGUCUUCUCCGCAGCCUUGGGGACCGUUAAUCUCUAGGAGGCAGAAGAGGAUGGCUGGCAGGGUGGGGCCCUGGGUUGUUGUAUUUUGAUGUUGAAAUGCAAGUAUUCUGUCUGCAUGUUUUUAUAUGCUUAUAUUUGGGGCAGGGAGGGAAAUCAGGAACUUGGAAAGGAAGAGAGAGAGAGAGAGAUGUUAGAGCAGUGAAUUUCUCAAGCCUGACAACUUUAAGACAUGUGGACUUCAACUCCCAGAAUUCUGUGUUAGGGACUGAGAUUUAAGAUAAGAUCAUAGCAUUCAAACAUGGAUCGAUUUGGGGAACUGGCAAUUAAUGGGGUUGGUUGGUGAUUCGGAGUCACUCAGAAUGGAAACAGGUUUAUCUGAUAGGGAUGGAGCUGUGGGUACCAGUAGUGAUGAUGGGUAGGGAAAGGACCGGAUGUAUUCAAGAAAUUUAGAUUUCACACAGUCAUGGAUCUAAAUUUCAUAGAAAUAGGACAGAUUCGAGCUCAGAAUAGACCAGCCACAAUGGAAGAAUCUGAGAACCAACAACUGUCAGUAAACUGGGCUUUGAUGAGCCAAAUCCUGUCAACUAAAGAGGUUAUUUCAACUUCUGGUUGCCAAGAAGGGGAAUGAAAUAACCAAUUCCUCAUUUGGAACCGAAAGUCAGUCCCCAGAUCCUAGAUGUCUUACUCAAAAUGACUUGCUAGUUGACUUACAUCUUAAUCUUAAAUCCAGAGAUAUGAGGCCAAAACACUAUUUGAAGGACAACUUUGUCUAUGAAGAUUGUCAUUCAUCCAGGUCAUGAUUGUCCCAAAGGUGCUUUUUUUCAAGAGGCAACUGGACUUUCUGGUUUUUCUUUGAAGAUGUUUCGCUUCUCAUCCAGAAGCUUCUUCAGCUCUGACUGGAUUUCCCAUUCACCACCAUCCAGUCAGAGCUGUAGAAACAUCUUGGAUAAGAAGCGAAACCAAUGGUGGUAUUCAGCUGGUUCUAUCUGUUUGGGCGAACCAGUAGCGGCAGUUGUGGGAGGCUCCGUCCACCCGCCUGGACAUCAUCAUGUCCUGUUUUUGAUACUCUGCAAAUGUGCAGAAGGUCCUGCGCAUGUGCAGAGGUGUCGCGAGUGAAGCAAGCACGCAUGCUCACAUUUGCAAACCGGUUAGCGAAGGUAAGUCAAUAUCACCCCUGAGUGAAACGUCUCCAAAGAAAAACCAGAAUGCCCAAUUGCCUCUUGAAAAAAGCAACUUUGAAACAAGGGCGACUUUGAUUGUUAACUACCUGUCCUCCCAUCUCUCUGUUAAAAGAAAAGUGGUCCUUGAUCGUAUCCAUUUAAACAGCUACAAGGACAGUCUUGGUAGAGAGAAAACGUGUAUUACUGAAGUGUGUUACAAGUAGAAUUUGGGAUAAGAGGUAAAGAAAGAGAUGCUUGAGCAGAGGGUUGGACUAGAAGACCUCCAAGGUCCCUUCCAACUCUGUUUAUUCUAUUAAGAGUACUGUGGGAAAAGAUGGUACAAAAAUAGAACCUAGACUGAAGGAAAGGCUAGUUUGUCAGGGGUUUUGUUUACACAUAUAAGUUAUUGAAUGAAAAUCACAUAACCUAUAUCUUUGACAUGCUGCUUGAUAGAUGUUUUCAUAUUGGGGUGGGCAACGUUUUGGAUGCUAACCGAUAAAACUUUGCUUUAAUAUACUAUUUGGGGAGGAAAAUUAGGUGUUUUUUUAUGGGGAAAGAACAGGGGAGACUUCAUUUUUUAUUCCUUCCUCCCCACUCCCCACCAAAGUGUAAGAUGUAAAUUAAUUUCCUGCUUUGUGGAGUAUUCAUUGUGCUUCUGAUGGUGCAAAGUUGAGGGGCCAAAGCAGAAUACCUUAUCCAUUUCGUCCUCUCUCUUCCUGGGUAUAUGUGGAUAAUGAGUUCCUGUCUAUGAGAAUCAAAUCAUGUCAUUAUUCUAAAACACAGCCCAGUUUGUUAUUUAAACCUAGUCUUCCCAAACUGGUAUCUCCAUAGAGGUGCUCAACUACUCAUCUCAUCAACUCAAGACAAGAGACUUAAGAAUUGAAUGCCCAACACAUUUGGAUGUCAUCAAGUUAGAAAAAGCUGAGCUCUAAGCUGCUCAUCAAAUAUAGUUAUGAGCUAAAACCUGAUUAUAAAUAGGUUUAAUUAUAAUUUUGUAAAAGAUGAUGCUGUUUAUUUCCUUACAUGUCCCGUUUGUUCUUUUUGACAUGAUUUGUUCUUGUCAAUUAAAAGGAUUCCAAUCAAAACAGGGAAGGGAUAAAUUGGUCUUGAAUCUGGGGUCAAUCAACUCUCUUGGUUAGAUUCAGAAUUCUGUUCCUUUUGCGGGUUGGGUGGGCUCACAAAAUAUUAUAAAUCUUAGUACCACUUUGUAUAAAGGUAGUGGGUGGGUGGGAGACUGGACAUGAUCAAAUUAUAAACUGCUACAGACUUUUUUGUAUCAAUGCAUGAAUCGAGUAAAUAAACUCAGAUGCAUGAAGUGGUGUCAAGUGAUUCUUCUGAGAAAAUUGGGGGAUGUCCAAGACGUGAUGUCACCAGCCUGUGUAAAUUCACAGCCUUUUAAAAUCCACAAUGAAAAUGAAAAAGAAUGAAAAUUCUUGUUAAAGCAGGUGUGUUUAUUUCUCACAUUGUUCUGUUUCUAUGAGUCAUAGCCAGUAAUUACAUAGCCUCGGGUACUGACAAUUUUGGCUUCUACAUCACCCAGAUAUUUUCAGAUGGAUGGCUGGAAUUACUGGAGCAGAAACUUUAAAUAAGACCCCAGGAGAAACAUGCAGCCCUCAGCAAUUAUAAUGCAACUAACAGAUGCAGCCAGAGAUUCAGAAAACAUUGUCCUCACGAGCCAAUCUCUCAAUGCAAACAAACACAGAACAUAAAACAAUAUAUGGGACAAAAAAAUGGAAGUCUGGUAUAGAAUUUUGGAAAUUGGAAACAGCACCAGCCACAUUACAAAAUGAUGGACACAGUAGUCACAAACCAAUAAUUUAGCAGAGGAUAAAUUAAGCACAUCGCUGAAAUUUCAAUGGCAGAACUGCAAAUAAAUAUAUUAACUUGGUCUUUUGCAGUAUCCAACUUCCUAUUUUUUAAAAAAAUAACUUAAAUAGCUUCCUAUUUAUUUAUUUAUUUAUUAAAAGAGUAUUCUAAAAAGUUGAGCAAGGCAAGGAGUUGAUGGAUCUUAAGGGAGCUAUCUGGCAGGUCUGUUGACCAAUUAUCACAUUGCCCAACCCUAGUUACCAUUAGGCAUGACUGCAUUGUGUUUGUAUACACAUCUUAGAUCAAGGGUGCUUAGAUCUGGCCCAUGGGGCUGCUUUGGAAACAGCAAAGGACUGGCCCACAGUGCCUCUGCCAGCAAAAAUGGAGCUCAGGAGCCCAUUUUCGCUGGCAGAGGGUCUCAGGAGGCCAUCGCAAGCGAAAAAAGAGCUUGGGAGCCCUUUUUUGCUGGCACAGGGAUGCAGGAGGCUGUGGCAGGCAAAAACCGAGUUUGGGAGCCCUUCUUCACUGUGGUGGCACUCACUGUGGUGGUUCAUUGUGGUCAGGCCACCACAGGCACCCGACACGAGUGACAUUGAGCUGGCCACACCCUUCCCAGACCUCUAGAGGUCAAACAAAACCCUGAUGUGGCCUCAAUGAAAUAGAGUUUGACACCCAUCUUAGAUUAUUGGGUAUGCUUUAAUGGAUCUUUAGGUCCAUCCCAGUAAGUGCCUAUACAGAACAUUAUCCUAUAAGAGAGGAAUUAAUCUUUAAUGCAGGUUUGAGCAGGUUUUCUGUGUAUCGGUGUGAGCUUUAAUGUUCACAGAUCCUCGAAUGAUUACCGUGUUGAAAAACUAAGAUGAUCAAAAUUUCAAGAGAUUUUUAGUCAUUUCUUUUAUAUUUUGGGGCAUCUGUGACAUGACAGGAAAAAAAAAUUGCUGAUCAGUGCUUAAAAGUGUUCUAAAUAUUCUAUAUAAAAGUUAGCAACUGAGCUAGGAAGGCCUUUAUCUCUUCAAAUGCAGUCCUUUUAUGCCCUUUCAUGAUAGGAAAACAAAACGGCAUGUAACCAUUUGAAUUUAAUUUCUGCAGCCUCUUGGGAACGGAAAAGGUGUCUUGGCAAGAUUUGGGUCUUGGCAGAAUAACAGACUACCUCUUUUAUCUUCAUUCUACUUCCUCCCUUAGGUCUUGUUGACAAAGAGGCUUAAUCUGCAAACAUCAGCCUAUUUUAUGGCUCCUCUGAUUUACGAAUGUUGGCUUCUCCUAUACUGAACACAUUUAUUCUUCCUCCUUGACCAG